AGGACCUCCCAGUUGUUUCAUGCAAGCCAGCCAUUUCUAGGAAUAGAAACUGAAACCAACUCUGACUGCAGCCCCUCCCCUGUGAGGUGGUUUAUAUAAGAAGAGCUCAUAUCUACCCAGAAUAUGUAGAUAGCAAGGGCUAUGUGUGGACCAGCAGCGAUAAAGGAACAAGGAAGGUCAAGAUCAGGCUUUCAAUUCCAAGUGGUCUUUCUCUCUUCAGGAAGUUCUUCCUAGGACUCAGAACUCCAAUCUUCACCUCUUUUCUUCCUGAACGUCCUGAGUCUGAAUUCCAGUUCUAGAGCGUUCCAAGACAACUGUCCUUGCUGCAGUGCAUAGACUUCUCCUAAGAGGAGAGCUUUCCCAGAGGCAACACUGCCCUCAGAUCAAGGUCACCACUGCUGAGCCUCUACCCUACAAAGUCAUGGCUUGGGCCUCCAGCAUCGAUGAAUUCUUUAAGAAUUUUAAGAGGGAAAGCCAAAUCCUCUCUGAAGAAACCAUUACCUUGAUUAAAUCCCACAUUGAGAACAGAAACCUCCAGGAAGCGCUUUCUAUAAUCCACAAUGAACUGAGCGGCAUCGAGAAUGCCUCCCUGAACAUUGCUGUGACAGGGGAGACAGGGUCGGGAAAGUCCUCGUUCAUCAAUGCCCUGAGAGGGGUGGGGCAUGAAGAAGAAGGUGCAGCCCGCACUGGGGCGACAGAAACCACCACGAAGAGAACUCCUUACCGACACCCAAAACUUCCCAAGGUGACACUAUGGGACCUGCCUGGCAUUGGAUCCACUUCCUUUCCACCAGAGAAGUACCUAACAGAAAUGAAGUUUGGUGAAUAUGAUUUCUUCAUUAUCAUCUCUACUUCACGCUUUAAAGAAAAUGAUGCCCAGCUAGCCAAAGCCAUUGCAAGGAUGAAGAUGAAUUUCUACUUUGUCCGAGCCAAGAUAGAUAGUGACAUAUAUAAUGAAAAGACGAGCAAACCUAAGGCUUUCAAUGAGGAGAAUGUCUUGAAGAAUAUUCUAGAAGAAUGUUCACGUCAUCUCUCCAGUAAGCCUCCAGUCUUCUUAGUCUCUAACUUUGAUACGUCUAAAUAUGACUUCCCAAAACUGGAAAGCCAACUCCUAUAUGAUCUCCCGGCCCACAAGCGCCACGUCUUCAUGGUGUCCUUGAGCAGUGUUACUGAGGCCACCAUUAACCUCAAGAGAGAUUCUCUAAAGCAGAAAGUCUACCUAGAGGCCCUGAAGACUGGAGCAUUGGCCACCAUUCCAUUUGUUGGCAUGAUCAGGGAUGAGUUAGAGGAUCUGGAUGAAACAUUCAAUCUCUUCAGGUCUUACUUUGGGCUGGAUGAUGCCUCAUUGGAAGAGAUCGCUAAAAAUUAUAACCUGUCUGUGGCUGCAUUCAAGGUACAUCUUCGUUUUCCCCAUUUGUUUACAGAAAAUGACGAUGUGUCCUUAAGGAGAAAACUAUGGAAAUAUAUCCAAAAUAUUUCCAAAGUUAUUGGUGGUCCAGGUUCUGCUGUCUUAUAUUACAAAAAGUCUUACUAUUUGCAGAAUCUCUUUAUUGAUACUGCAGCAAAUGAUGCCAUAGCUCUUCUCAAUAAGAAAAGUCUUUUAGAAAACAAGCACUGACCAUUUUACUCCACCACCUCAAGACCCUCUAGCACACGCUCGAGUGGGCUAGCCUCCAUGGCUUGGGCCUCCAGCUUUGAUGCAUUCUUUAAGAAUUUUAAGAGGGAAAGCCAAAUCCUCUCUGAAGAAAACAUCAUCUUGAUUAAAUCCUACACUGAGACAAACAACCUCCAGAAAGCACUUUCUAUAAUCCACAAUGCACUGAGAGACAUCGAGAAUGCCCCCCUGAACAUUGCUGUGACAGGGGAGACAGGGACAGGGAAGUCCAAGUUCAUCAAUGCCCUGAGAGGGGUGGGGCAGGAAGACAUAGGUGGCCCCACCGGGGUGACAGAGACAACCUGGGAAAGAAUUCCGUACCUGCACCCAAAGCUUCCCCAAGUGACAUUAUGGGAUCUACCUGGUAUUGGAUCCACUUCCUUCCCACCAGAAAACUACGUAGCAGAAAUGAAGUUUGGUCAAUAUGACUUCUUUAUUAUCAUCUCGUCUACACGCUUCAAAGAAAAUGAUGCCCAGCUAGCCAAAGCCAUCACCAAGAUGAAGAUGAAUUUCUACUUUGUCCGAACCAAGAUAGAUAUGGACGUAGAUAAUGAACAGAAGAGUAAACCUAAGACUUUCAAUAAGGAGAAUGUCCUGGUGAAAAUCCGAGGUGACUGUUCAAGGCAUCUCCAGAAGGCUCUCUCCAGUGAGCCUCGAAUCUUCUUGGUCUCUAACUUUGAUGUGUCUGACUUUGACUUCCCAGAGCUGCAGACCACCCUACUGAGCGAGCUCCCAGCCCACAAGCGCCAUGUCUUCACGCUGUCCUUGAACAGUGUUACUGAGGAAAUCAUUAACCUCAAGAGAGAUUCCCUGAAGCAGAAAGUCUUCCUAGAGGCCCUGAAAUCUGGAGCAUUGGCCACCAUUCCACUUGGUGGCAUGAUCAUGGAUGACAUAGAGAACCUGGAUGAAACGUUCGCAUUCUACAAGUCCUACUUUGGCCAGGAUGAUGCCUCACUGAGAAACAUUGCCAAGAAAUUUAGCAUACCUGUCAACACACUCAAGGCACGCCUUCGCUUUCCCCAUUUGUUCACACAGAUGAACAAUGAGUCCUUAGAGGACAAACUAUGGAAAUAUAUCAAACACAUUUCCUCAGUUACUGGUGGUCCGUUUGCUACUGGCAUUUAUUGCAAAAAGUCUUACUAUUUGCAGAACCUUUUUAUUGAUACUGCAGCAAAUGAUGCCAUAGCUCUUCUCAACAAGGAAGAUCUUAUAGAAAACAAGGUGGAACCAUAUAUAUCUAAGUCCCCCGAUUACUGGGAAUGA